CGGCCGACGACAGGUGGGAGUCGCCGACAUGUGGUGAGGCGGCGGCGGGGCCCGAAGGAUGGUCCGGGGGCGGCGGCGGGUGCCGAAGGCCUCUGGGGCGGCGUAGAGAGGAACCCGAGGGCCCGCCAUUGAGGCCCGGGUGGGGAGGGGGCGGGGGGGCGUGCCUCAGUUUCCCCCGCCUUUCCGGGAGGCCAUCCCCUCCCCAGCGGGCGAGUCGGAGGGGAAGAGACGAUGGCCUCGUCGUCCGGGAACGAUGACGACCUGACCAUCCCCCGGGCCGCCAUCAAUAAGAUGAUCAAAGAGACUCUGCCCAACGUCCGGGUGGCCAACGAUGCCCGGGAGCUGGUGGUGAACUGCUGCACCGAAUUCAUCCACCUCAUCUCCUCCGAGGCCAACGAGAUCUGCAACAAGUCGGAGAAGAAGACCAUCUCGCCGGAACAUGUCAUACAAGCACUAGAAAGCUUGGGCUUUGGCUCCUAUAUUAGUGAAGUAAAAGAAGUCUUACAAGAAUGCAAAACAGUAGCACUAAAAAGAAGAAAGGCCAGUUCUCGUUUGGAAAACCUCGGCAUUCCCGAAGAAGAGCUGCUAAGGCAGCAACAGGAGUUGUUUGCAAAAGCUAGACAGCAGCAGGCAGAACUGGCCCAGCAAGAAUGGCUGCAGAUGCAACAAGCGGCCCAGCAAGCGCAGCUCGCUGCAGCCUCGGCCAGUGCAUCCAAUCAGACGGGAUCUUCUCAGGAUGAAGAUGAUGAAGAUGACAUCUGAAAUUCCACCAGCUGCGUUUCUAUCCCCUCUCCACAAAUCUUUCCCUGCACAAUGAAACAGUGCAACGAAUGCUUAAUCUGUAAUUUUGUAUGCAUCUUGGUGGACUGGCCUCUGGUAUUCUAAGGAUGUCUGCUGUUGAGUUUCAGCUGUCGUGUGCUAUACAUGUCAAAAAAAAAAAACUGUUCCUUUGAACUCUUGAAGAUUUAUGGUUCAGUAUCAUAUCAAUUUUGAAUUUUUAAUGGUGUUUAUGGAAAUUUUAGAUAGCAGUGAGGUCCUUUGUUUGAUCAAUAAAAAGCAGUGUUACCAUAAACUAAAGUUUAUAAAAUACAGUGGGAUUUAUACAGAAGCUCUAAUCUACAAUUGCAUAUCCUCUGCCCUUUUAACUAUAUAUAUAAAAGAAAACACAUAGGGAAUUUUUUAAUUUUUUUGUGGGGUGGAGGUAGAGUCAUGCAGUAGGCUUUGGGGCGGGUUAGUGGAAAAAAAAGUCAAGGAUUCAGCUCCCAAGAGGCUGAAUUUUUGUCCUUUUAAAAACGUGGCUAAAGAAAUGGCAGUAGAUAUUGCGUGUGCUCCAGUAAUAUACACUUAAAAAGAAAUUGGAAAAUGAGAAACUUCUUCAAAGCUAGGGAAAAGAAUGUUUAAAAGGAGUUGUACAAAUUCAAUUGUCUUUUGUUUUUUGUACAGUGGUAAAAACCGAGAUUUUUAUUGUGCCAUCUAUUUAGUCUUGAUCUCAACUAAUACUACAUUUCAACGCUGCCCAGUUUUGAGGACUGUCCUGGUUGUUUCACUCCUAUCUGAUGUUCUUGAUGGUGUGAAUUGCAUGAAUCAAACUCGUUCAGAUUCUUAAAUUGUAUCGGUGGAAUAUGGUGAAGCUAUUGCCUUUCAUGGUGUAACUGGGAUUCAUGAAUAUCCAAUUUAAGAGGAGGGGAAAUAGAAACUGGAUAAGUAUGCUUGCAGUAAGAGGGAUUUAUUUUAUUUUAUUUCUUUUCAUUUAACCCAUAGUUGUUAGAUUAUUGUUGUCAGCAUAAUAACAUUUUCCUGGCUAGGUUACCAACAGGUUUCUAAACUACCUUUUGAAAUGACAUUGUUGUGUUCUUAAUUCCAAUUGGGUAGUAGUUUAAAAACAAAUCUCGAUUGUUACGUGAACUUGCCCCUGGGCUGAUCGGCACCACAUAGAGAGUGAGUGGAACAUCUUUUAACGGGCUGAAUGAAAUACACCCCCUCCCUCCCAAAAUGGAUGAAAAGUUCUUUGGUUCAAGUAAAGCACAGUAGUUGUCAGCCAUGGAAAUCUAAUGUUGUGAAAUUCUGGUUCACAUUUUGGGCUGACCCAUUUUCCUGUGUCAGCCAUGUCCUUACAUUGCUAGGGCAAGAAGGUGUGAAAAAACAUGUAUUUUUACAGAAUUAAUGACAAAAUCUUGUGGCCAUUUUAAAUAGAGAGCUGACAGGUACAAUCAAAGGUUAUUGAGAUCACUUAAGAAUGAUGCUUUGCAGUUUUAAGCAAGGUGAAAAGUUAUCCAGCAUUAAUUAAAUACACCCCCUCCAUGCAAUGAAAAGACAGUUUGAGUAUCUGAAGUUAUUUCAUGGAGACUGCUUGAAGUAUGUUGGACAAGAUCUAAGGAAAUGUUUUUUUAAAGGUGUAAGUACCAAAGGUAAUGAAGCUAGUCUAGAGAAUUAAUAUGUCAAUAAGCAGUGUUGGCUUUUUCUAAUUUGUACUGUAACAUCUUUACACUUUCUAUUUUUAAAGAAUCUUUCUUUAAGCUACUUAGGAUUUUUUUUAUGCCUCUUUUCUGAUGCAGAAUUCAGGUUAAUAUUUUACUGCAUCUGGUAUGUACGGUAUAUUAUGUUUGGAUCCUCGUGACUUUUCCUUUUGGACAUUCUUGUGCUUUCACGUGCUAUAUUCUUCAAGCAAUAAAAUUCUGAUGUGUUUUAUAAAUUGUUUUUAUAUUUAAUACUUUGUAUGCAUUUAUAAUGUGAGAAAGCUGGAGUUGCUCUUAAUGCUAUCUUCUUUUCAACUGCUUCCUUUAACGUAUGUCAUUGUUGGUCAGACUUAGGUACAUGUUUGACAAACGGCGAUUUACAUCACUUCCUUGUUUGCUUUCUCUUUUGGGAAUUGUCAUUUUGGUUGCUUGCAUUUCUGUAAUGCAACGAGUAUGGUAAGUGUGGAAAAUUAAAGAAAGUGUAAAGCUUGUUUAGCAUUCCGGGGCCAACAGGUGCUUCUACUUGAUCAUUUAUUCAACUGCUGCUGUGAAAUUGCUAGAAUCUCUGGGGCGUUAAAAAAAACGAAAAAAAAAACUUGGCUUAAAUCCUGUGUUUUGUAUAAAUAAAGAUUUCCCAUUUCCCUGGGUGUAUAAUUUAGGCAGGUUGGAAGGACCACAGUGCAGUAACAAGGAUACCAGUUAGUGCACCAAAGAAUUGAUUUAUUCUGUUCACAUUAAAAAGCUAGUGAAAUUUCCAAAGUGCCUGACUUAUACCCAGCUUAGUUAUCCCAUGUCAUGUGGCCUGUUGUUAUUUAAGCUUAUUUGAGAGAACAGCUUAAUUUUACUAAAUGAAAUAGAAUUUUUGGAAGAAAACUUUUAAUAAUUUCUGGAGUCCUUAAAAAUUGUUUGGCGUAAGAUACAAAUUAAUAGGAAACGUGACUCUGUUAUUACAGAAUGAAAACAUGUGGAAGAGGACUGUAGUUGAAAGUGUUAGUGAUGCCAUUUGUAAAGUGUAAAAUAUGUAAAAUUGUUUUCUUAUUCAUUUACACUUACUAUUCUUAAGCUGUGUGACUUUGCAUUGUCUGUUUUAGCAUGAACUUAGAAUUUUGGCAAAAUGCUCAGAUACGGAUUUGGCUCUUUUCUGAAAGGAAUAGUGACUCGAUAUUGUACAGUAUAAAUUUCAGGAGUUCAGGUGACAGAGUUGAUAGUGUUUCCGUGAGAAGAAACACACGAAGGCCUCAAAACUCAAGGGUAACUUCCUAAUGUAAUGAUUAUUCUAUCCUACAUGGUGUAGCAAAACUGUGGUAAGCAGAGUAACACUGACAUGCUUCCGUCACCUAUUGAAAUUUGUUGGAUGAGCGUUUUCAGUGGAUAGUAUGCUGCCAGGAUGCAGCAGUGUUUAAGACAAUUGUGUUCCUUUUCAUUGCUUUACAAUGUUCAAGGGCAAAAGAUUUAUGAUGUUACUAUAUCUGUGGAUUAAAUUAUGUACAUUUGUAUUGGC